UUCAGGUGUCGUGUUAGUUCCAAUGCAUUUUGUGUUUUGUUGUGGAUGGACUAAGCGACAUAAUGCGGAGGCUAUUAUUUUUGUUGGAAUCGUUUUGAUGAUAAUCCGUAUAGCCUCCUGAGCGAUCUCACAAUUGAAUAGGACGUACUCAACAUUCCUCAGCAGUUUACAACUUGAAUAUCUGUUCGUUCAUUCUCGCCUACAGACUCAGCUUGAAAGGAUGGCUGCCGUUAAGGCACUACAACAGUGGUGUAAAAUUCAGUGUGAUGGGUAUCGAGAUGUGGCUAUCACCAACAUGACAACCUCCUUCAGAGACGGACUGGCUUUCUGUGCUCUUAUCCACAAGUACAGACCGGACCUCAUAGACUUUGAUACUCUCAGUAAAGAAAAUGUCUACGAAAACAACAAUUUGGCGUUCCACGUGGCAGAGGACCAGCUGGGAAUACCCGCGUUGCUGGAUGCAGAGGACAUGGUGGCCCUGAGGGUUCCAGACCGUCUCAGUAUCCUCACCUACGUGUCCCAGUAUUACAACUACUUCCAUGGCCGGUCCCCCAUUGGAGGAAUGGCUGGGAUUAAAAGGCCAGCAGACGCCCCUACGGAUGAGCCGUCGGGGAAGAAGAAUCUGCCUGUGACUGCGAAGGCGUUCCCUUCCAAACCGGCCACAGAGAUCCGCCCAGCCCCCAACACUGUAACCACUCCCUUCAAACCAUCGCCUAAACAAACCAGGGCAGCUAAUGAGAAGAAGGUUUUGGUCGAGAGUUCCAACAAAACGGGCACCCUAAGCAGCAGCUGUACUGCUUGUAAACAUCACGUUCACCUUGUUCAGCGACACCUGGUGGAUGGGAAGCUCUAUCACAGGAACUGCUUCAAGUGUAGUGAGUGCUCCAACAUUCUCCUUUCUGGAACCUAUAAGCCAGGGUCUGAGCCCGGAACCUUCAUCUGCAUCACUCACCAGAACACCCCCGGCAGUGGGCUUUCACACAGAAAUGGGCCGGCCGCACCCCGAGUGGGACCCACCUGGUUGGUCAACAAGAAUGACCGAACUGAAACCCCGCGUCCAAACUCUGCACUGUCCACUCCGGUAGUCACCAGCCAUGCCGCCACCAAACCCAACAUCACAGUCUCCACCCCCAAGGUCUCUACCCCCAUAGCCACAAAGACUCAGGAAGCGCGGAAGAAGUUCUUUGAGACGACACCUGCAGCACCUGCCGAUCCGCCCAGCAACAGGUCACAGCCCACCACCAAUGAGAGUGCUGGAAAGGGCAGAGUACUACUGAAGGUUGCGGAUUACAAAGACAAAGACAAGGACAAAGCCAAGGCCCUGAUUACUAAGAAACUGGCUGAGGAAAACAGCAACAACAACAACACCACGUAUCACUCAGGACUCAGACCCACAGAUGGCAAGUUCGGUAACAAGCCGAGUCCUGCUGAACCUCCCAGCUGGAAGAAAGGUCAGGACAACCCUGGUGUCAGAGGAUUAAAACCAGUCGAGCCUUCUCUUCCUCAAAACACUCCGAAAUCCACCACUGGACCCCUGUGGGUCAAGACCACCGACAAGGAGUCUACUAGACCUCCUAGUACCUUCUCUUCAAACCUCAAAGUAGAUUCUGAUAGCUCGGAGUCCCCUUCAGACUGGCGCUCAAAGCUCAAGCCAGUGUCAAAAGCACCCAAGGCCUCGGAGCCUCCGUUCAGCACAGAGGCUAAGAGGGCCGAAGCCCCCCCGAAACCAUCGCCCACGAAUCUCGUUCCCUCUUUUCCGCCCAGGCCCGCGUCGUCCCCCAGCAGCGCCCCUCUCGCUGUUCCCUCUCUCCCGCCCCGGCCAGCGUCGCCCGCGAGUCCCGGUCCCUCUCUCCCACCCAGGCCAACGUCACCCGCCAGCAGCGCCCCUCUCGCCGUGCCCGCCAGUCAAAGGGCCCCUUCGCCCCAGCCUGCUCGCGCCGGGGCUGGAAGCUGGGGCUUUCAAAACGGGAAGGGAUCAUCAUCCACAAAUGCCCCCCAGCCUGAAGUGAAGUCACCCAAGACCAAGCCUGACUACAUCCCCAAGGAAGAGAUUAUGAAGGAGCUGGAUGAAAUUGAGAACAGUCUGAAUGAACUGGAGAAGACGGGAAUACAACUGGAGAAACAGCUUCGCCGCAGCGAGGAAGAGGGAGCAGAGGACAACAGCAUGGACGAGUUGAUGGUGGACUGGUUCAACCUGAUCCGCAGUAAGCAGAUUUACAUGCGGAGGGAAUCGGAGCUGGUCUACAUCGCGAAGACUCAGGAUCUGGAGGAGCAGCAGCCGGGGGUGGAGGAAGAGCUGCGGAGAUUGAUGGAAAAGCCAGAGCGCUUUAAGACUGCCGCAGACAAGAGGAGAGAGGCGGAGCUGAUGGAGAAGCUGGUAGAGAUUGUCAAUGACCGGAAUGCUAUCGUUGAGGGGCUGGAUGAGGACCGUCUGAGGGAAGAGGAGGAAGAUCAGCAGAUGAACCAGUUGAUGCAGGACCUGGAUAUAAAGAAACAGAAGAAAAAGUCUGCGAUGAAAAAGUUGUUUGGACGGAAGACUUAAAAAGAGCCUCAGACGACCGGGGUGUGGCGGGACUGUCCUGUGUACUGCUUAUCAACACUUUGUUUGUGUCGCUUCUUUGUGGAUUUGAACGAGCAUUCAUGUCCAUUCCAAAGCAGACUGUUUAAAGUGUACCCAGACGACACUUCCGCAGAAUCUCCGUUGCCGGGGGUCCUCGCCGGUGACAUGGUUGGUGCGCGCCCCAGAAAGCCAUAUGUCGGGUACCGCUCGCUCGCAUGGUGAACCCGGUGCCCGGCGCACAGAUAAACCACUUUCCGGCUAAUUGCUCACAACUGUGAUCUGCGAUUCCAUAUGAUUCAGUCGUCUGUGGUAAUCUCGGCAUUUUAAGAUUAAAAGGGAUUUUCGAAUAUCAAACAGAGGCUGCUUCUAAUUCUGUCGCCUCAGUGACUCGUCACGUGCUUGCGCCGCUCACCGUUCGGAUGAUUCACGCACUCCUCAGUUCUCCAGAUUAAACAUGUUUACAAUCUCUGCAAAAUGGAACGCUGGCACUGGGUCAAAUGACACUUUUUAAAAAUACAUUUAAUCGUGUUUUUGAGUGGUUUUGUAUCCCUUUGAAUUCUUUUUUCCUUAAUUCGCACUUACUGGGGCCUAGUUUUGUGUGGUCUAAGAUGAACUAUUGUCAGCAAUAAAAGGUUGUUUGUGGACCUUAUUAUUGACUGAAAUUGGAUAGAGUCUUGUCGUAUGGUAAAUUUUAUUUUAUACUGAAUACAGCCACUACAUCCAAAUCCAAAAGUGAAUAAACACAUUCGGCGAUGCCUUAUUGUAUUUAAAAGGGCUAUGGUAUCAACAUGGUUUUUUAGGGUUUUUUUAAGGUACUCUAGAAUUGCCAAAACAAGUGGGAACACAAGUAAUAUUAGUGUUUUGUCUUGAUUCAUAUUGGAUCUGAAAGAAAUACCCGAUUGAAUGGAAUGGGCCCUCAGAUUAAUGUGUAGUUACAUUGUUGGUAUGAAUGGCUGUGUUUUAAUGAGUUGUUAUAUAGAACACUAGGAAGAAUGAAAUAACUUUACAGAGCGGAGUUUCUUUUGUGACACUGCGUCAAGAAACGAUACAAAUUGCUUUCACGUUGAGGUAGUUUGACAAGGAAAUGGUUGCAGGAUUGCUAGCGCUGUUUAAUCAGAAGGUGGCAGUGUGGGGUUAAUUGUAGCGGAGCUUGACGGCGCAGACUAAAUUGGCCACAGUUCUGUCGUUUAAUUGUUUCGCUAGUUUUGUAUGUGAUGUAGAUCCCAGCUCUGUAGAUGCAAGGCCAUUAAUCAGUUUGGAAAGUGCGUAUUAAAUCUAGACUGUAAUGAUCCAUUUCUAUUGCCAAUUUUCAUUCAAUUGCGUUCCGCCGCUGUAUGGCGUGUGGGGCCGUCGGUUGUGACAUGGCGUGGACUGACGCUGUAAUGCAGGCAUUAUCAUUGUGAUGCAUGGCUUUCGGGGUUGAGGAAUGAGGAUUUGGGAUUUGAAAGGUGUGGAUGAAGCUGACAAAAUAACGUUCUCCUGCGGUGACUGAUUGUGCCUUUUCUGGGACCAUUUUGUGUAUAAGGACUUUCCAGGCCUUUGACUUUUUAAACUUUUUUAUAGACACGUCAUUUGAAAAGGAAAUGUAAUAUACAUGUUUAUAUGUGCACUUAAUUGUGUUUUAAUUGUUUUAUGUGAAAUAAAGCCUUAAAUAAAUACAUCAACUGUCA